UCAGCUUCCAGCAUUGACUGUAGCUGCUGCCACUCUAACUGACAUUUCUUUUGAAUUCGGCUAUGGAGAGUGCCUGUGAUGCCAGGUGCCGGCUUGUGAACUUUUACCCUCUAAUUCUUUUUGCUUGAUAACUCAUUAAUGAAGCCUCAUGGAUAUUGAGAAAUAAAACAGAAUCAGUUUUCUCUUUAUGCUUUUCUUCUCUGGCUUUUUUCUUUUCCGUGUGUGUGUGCAGUGGAAAAAUAACAGAGUGAAAGCAGCAGCACUUAUUUUUGCAUAAGGACUGUAUUUACAUACCUGAAGUUAACUGAAUUAAUCCUGGCAUCUAAGAUGGAUCUCAAGUGUGCUCUGGAAGAAUGUUCAAUGGCACUGAACUUAUUUCUAAACAAUAAGUUCUCUGAAGCCCUGGAACUACUUCGUCCAUGGUCUAAAGAUAGUAUGUACCAUGCCCUUGGGUACAGCACUAUUUUAGUUAUGCAAGCUGCUAUGACCUUUGAACAGCAGGAUAUACAAAUGGGAAUUUCUACAAUGAAGGAAGCAUUGCAAACAUGCCAAAGAUUCAGAAAAAGAAACACAGUGGUGGAAUCCUUGUCCAAUCUAGUUUCUAAACAGUCAGCAGAUCAGUUGAGCGAAGAGGAAAUGCAUGCUGAAAUCUGCUAUGCUGAAUGCUUACUACAGAAAGCAGCUCUCACCUUCGUACAGGAUGAAAACAUGAUCAACUUUAUCAAAGGUGGCCUCAAAAUUAGGACGAGUUACCAAAUAUACAAAGAAUGUCAUCAGGUGGUACAGAUGGCUCAGGGGAACAAAAGCAAAACUGAAACUUACUACCAGUUUGAAGGUGGAGUAAAACUUGGAAUUGGAGCAUUCAACUUGAUGCUGUCGCUUUUACCAGGAAGGAUCCUUCGACUUUUAGAAUUCAUUGGAUUUUCUGGCAAUAGGGAGUUGGGCCUCUGUCAACUACGUGAAGGCGCGUCUGGCAGCAGUUUGAGGGCCAUUCUGUGUACUUUCACCCUGUUGGUUUAUCAUACUUACGUCUCCUUAAUCCUUGGCACGGGGGAAGCUAACCUUCAGGAAGCAGACACUCUCCUCGAACCCUACCUCCAUAAAUUUCCAAAUGGUUCCAUUAUUCUAUUUUAUGCUGCCAGAAUAGAUACACUGAAAGGAAAUUUUGAAAAGGCGCAGUUGAGGUUCCAAGAAUGCAUAGCAUCCCAGCAAGAGUGGAAACAGAUUCAUCAUCUCUGUUACUGGGAAUUGAUGUGGUGCUGCACCUUCCAGCAGAACUGGCUUCAGGCAUAUCGGUAUGCAGACCUGCUCAGCAAAGAGAGCAGGUGGUCUAAGGCAAUAUACGUAUUCCAGAAGGCAGCAAUUCUAUGUAUGCUUCCAGAGGAUGAUUUGAAAAGGACUGGUGAGGACAUUGUAUCUUUAUUCAGACAAGUGGAUGGCCUAAAACAGAGAAUUGCAGGUAAAUCUAUCCCAACUGAGAAGUUUGCAGUAAGAAAAGCUCGACGCUAUGCAAGUUCUCAACCAGUGAAGCUGAUAUUACCCGCCUUGGAAAUGAUGUAUGUUUGGAAUGGCUUUGCAAUUCUGGGCAAAAGAGCAGACCUCACUGAAAGCUUACUGGUGACAAUUGAAAAAGAAGAAACUGCUCUGCAAAAUGAAACUAAUCGCAAUGAAUACUAUAUGGAUGAUGUGUGCAUGUUGCAGUUACUGAAGGGCCUCUGCCUGAAACACUUGGGAAGACUCAUGCAAGCUGAACUGUGUUUCAGUAAAGUAGUUCAGAGUGAGAAGCAAAUAAAAUACGACAGUUAUUUGGUGCCGUUCACUCUGUAUGAAUUGGGUCUUCUGUACAAGCAACAGGAUGAAAGAGAAAAAGCAAUAAGAUACAUAGAAACUGCAAAAGCCUGGAUGAAGCUGUCUUCUCAGAAGAAGUUCAGGAGGCCUUGUGGGACAAUUCCAGUUAAGAAAGAUGAAGCCAUGGCCACCCUGAAGUACCAGUUUCUGGAUGUUGGAGAAAAAUCGGGAAAACAUUUUACGGGUCUCCAGCAGUGCUUUCUCUCAAUGCCAUCAGCUCCUGAGCAGAGUCUACAGGCUUGACUGGGACUGAUUCUGCUACCACCCCUGAGUGCUAAAAACCUGGAAACUUGGUCUUUGCUGUCCUGAGUUGUGAUAAAACAGCUUUUCAAAGCUUGGUGUGGGAGUCCAAGAAGGCUAAUUUUGCCUUGAUGUUUCCCCAACAAAUAUUUUAUACUAAAAAGGAAGAAUACAGGGACAGGAAUGUGCCAUAUGAAAGGAUAUGUGCAACGAGCUACAAUCUUAUUUUCUGAAAAGUCACCUCCUAAACAGUCUUGUUUUUAUUUACUGUGCCUCACUAACCUGUAGAAACUAUUUGCAAGGCACCUGGCCAGUCAUUUGUAAGCUGAAAGUGUGGCAAAGAACCGCUUUAGCUUUGUAAGCAAGUGUACUUGCUUACAGAGUAAGAAUGAACUGCUGACUCAUCUGCUGUCCCUUCUCCCAUGUCCUCCGUUUCAAUAAAUAUUUUCCGGUUACAUUUGAAUGAAAAUACACAGCUAGUGACAAAGAUAACCACUGAGCUUUACAAGAACCUGUGCUGAUAGCAAGGUCCUAGUUUCCAUGCCUUGCUCUUUCUUCUGUAGAUGGUGGAGGACUGCAGUGAAAAAUAUUAGUCUUCCCAUUUCACAGGUGGAGAAAUGGAGGUACGAGAAGGAACGAGGUGAGCUGGUUAGGACUGACCAGCCAGCUUGGCGGGACUCAUGCCUGCACCACACAGCGGAGCCCAAGGCAGUCACAGUGAAAAGAAAGCGGGUUCAUGAACCCAGAGCAAGCAUAGCCAGCUUAGCACAGAUAGGCUGCCCCUGGGUUUUUAGCUUCUCCACGCAGUGCAUGAUUUAAAUGCUCUGUAACCUUUCAGAUUCAUGCCCAAGAAACAACACAGCUUUCCAGCUUCCGUCAGAGCUCAACCACUGUGGCAACCUCUCACAGCUGUGGUGAGGGGAAUGGAGUACCUAUCGUAAAGUAGAGAACUGGCCUAUAUAUUUAGCUAAAAUCCUUAGCAAAGCUUCUCCACUGCCUGCAAGUUGUUUUGUUGCAGCAUAAUAUAAGUGCAAAUUCUUUUAAAAAUAUGAAAAAAUCUGGCCUUUAUCAUGUUAAAUAUAACAAAAAAGGUUGCAACGUCUUAUUCGGUGUGUUCCCUGAUA